AUGGGAUCAUCAUCAUCAAAAUCAAGUGCGGUUAUACCACCAUCGAUCGAUUUUAGAGCCAAACCAACGGUCGAUGAACUUGGAUCGGCCAACAAUGGAGGUGUCGAGAUUUCAAAGAGCAUAUUGGAUUUUAAUUUGGGAGAGCGACCAUGUCCCCUCAAACAGACGGUACAGGACCAAUUCACCAUUGCAAAUAUGAGCAAAAACAAGUUAAAGUUUCACUUUGACCCUUCGCAACCCAAAGAGUUUCAAUUGUCGUUUAGUCCGUCGUCGGGCUCGAUUGAAAAGGGCAAGACAAAGGCCAUCAAGGUCAAGUUGGUUGUCAACCAAAAGAUUAAUAUCAACCACAAGGUUACACUGCGUCUCGAAGGUGGCGUCAGUCUCUUUUUGACCUUUAGAAUACGUUGUGAGGUCGGUGUCUUUGGUAUUGACCCACAUACACUCGAACUCGUCGAAGACGAUGGAUACCGUGUACCCAACAUAUUAGUGCUCAUGAAACGAUCAUUAAUCGAACAUGGUGGUCUCCAACAAGAAGGUAUCUUUCGUCUAGCCGGUGAACAAACUGAAAUCAAGCGUAUAAAAGAAUUUAUGAACAAAAAUGAAUUUAAUAGUAGUAAUGAUAUUAAUACUGUUGCUUCACUUAUAAAAAUUUGGUAUAGAGAAUUACCAACACCAAUAUUAAAUUCAAUUCCAACAGAGAAAAUAUUCCAUUGUCAAGAUGUUGAUGAAUGCGUAGAAUCGGUCAACAAGUUACCAGAUAUGCAAAAAAAUCUACUUGGUUGGUUAAUGGAUUUAUUACUUAAAGUUGCUUCUUUUUCUCCAAUUAAUAAGAUGACUGCUCAAAAUUUAGCUAUUGUUGUAGCACCAAAUCUUUACGAAGUAUCAAGUGCCAAUCCUAUAGAAGGUUUGGUUCUAUCACAAAAGUGCGUACAAUUUUUACACAAUGUUCUAUCUUUUAAACAAUCUCAUCCCGAUUAUCAUGGUUCAACCAUGGCCAUUUCAAAUGUUUAA